GGCAAUCCCCGGCUUGAGCCAAGUGCCAAGCAUCACCUCAACUCCACUGGGUCUGCCAGUCGGUGCAACCAAAGCCUCAAGAUCUGUGUGCUCUUCACCAUGUUCGCCUGUGCUCAGAUAUACAGGCGGUUUAGCACCUCACAGAGUGUGCUAGACAGGAUGAGGGUAGCCAUCAUUGGACAGUCAACCUUUGCCGGGGAGGUGUACAAGAAGUUGGUUAAGGAUGGCCAUAAGGUCGUUGGAGUUUUUACCGUCCCUGAUCAGGGAAAUCGCGAAGACCCCCUGGCAACAAUGGCGGCAGCUGAUGGGGUGGAGGUCUUUAAGUUUAAGUCUUGGAGGAAAAAGGGGGUGGCUCUCCCCGAGGUGCUCGAGAAGUACUUGUCCGUCGAUCCGGAGCUGAAUGUGAUGCCUUUCUGCUCACAGUUCAUUCCGAUGGAGGUAAUUAAUCACCCCAAAAACAAAUCUAUCUGCUACCAUCCUUCUAUCCUACCAAGACAUCGUGGUGCCUCAUCUAUUAAUUGGACUCUAAUGUGUGGAGAUAAGAAAGGAGGCUUUUCGAUCUUCUGGGCUGAUGAUGGCCUUGACACUGGGCCCAUUCUUCUUCAGCGCGAGGUUGACGUAGACCCGAAUGACACAGUUGACACGCUGUACAACAGGUUUAUGUAUCCCGAGGGAAUCAAGGCAAUGGCAGAGGCAGUGUCCAUGGUAGCCGACGGCACCGCACCCAAGAUCCCCCAGCCAGAAGAAGGCGCAACCUAUGACCCUAUGCUCAACAAGAAGGAAUUGUGUAAGGUUAACUGGGAUCAGCCAGCAGAGGGCAUCCAUAACUUCAUUCGUGGCUUGGAUUCAUCGCCGGGCGCUUGGACGGUUAUGGACGGACAGGAGGUAAAACUCUUUGGAUCAAAAAUGUUCACUGGAUCAGUUAGCGAUGGACGUGAAGUCGAAAUUGAAGGUCUUGCUGCUCCUGGCAUCAUUCACAAAGACGGACUUCUCCUUACUGGAACGGAUGGCCAAAAGGUGAAUGUGUCGCGUCUGAGCGUCGAUGGAAAGAUGAUGAACGCCUCAAAAUAUGGUGCUGCGGCAGAAGCAAUGGAGGCUAUUGAGCUCACAGCUGAAGAACAGGAAGUUGCUGGAAAGUUAAAGGAGACGUGGAAGGCCAUUCUUAACAUCGAGAUUUCUGACGAUACGGAUUUCUUCAAGUCUGGUGCUGGAUCAAUGGACGUUGUAAGACUGGUUGAGGAAGUGAAGGAGAAAGCAGGAGUUUCCCUUGAAAAUGAAGAUGUUUUUAUGGCCACAACCUUCCAGGAGUUCAUUCAGGUGAUGGUGAGGAAAAUGCGUGGUGGCGACGAGAAGCCGGUCUUCGAAUUUGACGCCAUCAAGAUGCACGUCAACAACAUGGACAUCUCCUUCGCCCACCAGCUCUUUAUCGAUGGCCAGUUUGUUGAUGCCACCGGUGGGAAGUUCCUCAAGAGCAUUGACCCGGCCACUGAGAAGCUCAUCUGCGAUGUUCACUCAGCAAGCAAAGAUGAUGUUAACAAGGCAGUGCAGGCAGCCAAGAAGGCAUUCUAUCAGGGUCCCUGGGGCAGCAUGAAUGCCAGAGACAGGGGAGCACUUCUGUUCAAAUUGGCUGACCUCAUGGAUGAACACAAGGAAGAACUUGCAACCAUUGAGAGCAUUGACUCAGGUGCUGUCUACACUCUGGCCCUCAAGACUCACGUUGGCAUGAGCAUUGACACUUGGCGCUACUUUGCUGGCUGGUGUGACAAGAUCCACGGCUCGACCAUUCCUAUUAACAAUGCCAGGCCAAAUCACAACUUGACCAUUACAAAGAAGGAGCCAAUUGGUGUCUGUGGCUUGGUGACCCCAUGGAACUACCCCUUAAUGAUGUUGUCCUGGAAAAUGGCUGCCUGCCUUGCUGCUGGUAACACUGUCGUCAUCAAACCAGCCCAGGUGUCUCCUCUCACAGCACUCAAGUUUGCCGAACUGUCUGUAAAGGCUGGCAUUCCACCUGGUGUAAUUAAUGUUCUUCCUGGAACUGGUAGUGUUUGUGGUCAGGCCAUUGCUGAUCAUCCAGAUGUCCGCAAGCUCGGCUUCACUGGCAGCACAGAAAUCGGUCAGGUGAUCAUGAAGUCUUGCGCCGUCAGCAACCUGAAGAAGGUCUCCCUCGAACUUGGAGGAAAAUCACCCUUCAUUAUCUUCAGCGACUGUGAUCUGGACAAGGCUGUUCGCAUGGGUAUGAGCAGUGUGUUCUUCAACAAGGGUGAGAACUGCAUUGCUGCUGGAAGACUGUUUGUAGAAGACUCCAUCCAUGAUGAGUUUGUUGCACGUGUAAUUGAGGAAUGCAAGAAGAUGGUGAUUGGUGACCCACUGAACCGUGGCACAGCUCAUGGACCCCAGAACCACAAGGCACACUUGGACAAAUUACUUGAGUACAUUGACAUCGGUGUGAAGGAGGGUGCAAACCUUGUCUAUGGAGGAAAGAGGGUGGAUCGUCCUGGCUACUUCCUUCACCCAACUGUGUUCACUGGAGUUGAGGAUCACAUGUUUGUUGCUAAAGAGGAGAGCUUUGGCCCCAUCAUGGUCAUUUCCAAAUUUGGCAAUGGGGAAGUUGAGGAGGUCGUGGCCCGUGCAAACAACACAGAGUUUGGCUUGGCUUCAGGAGUCAUGACAAAGGACAUCAGCAAAGCCCUCCUUGUCUCAGAGAAACUUGAUGCUGGAACCUGCUUUGUCAACACCUACAAUAAGACUGAUGUUGCUGCACCAUUUGGAGGCUUCAAGCAGAGUGGUUUUGGAAAGGACUUGGGUGAAGAGGCCCUGAAUGAGUACCUCAAGACAAAGACCAUCACCUUUGAAUACUAAGAUAGCAUGAUUUCUCUUGCUUUCUUAAUUUGAGUCCUGAGUUAAAGAGGUUGUUAUACUUCCUUAUCAGAUGAUGAGUUUGCGGAUUUUCAAACAAUGUAUUUCACUUGGUUGUAACUUGAAACUUCUGUUUUAGGUGCUUCCUAAAUAUAGGAGUUUCAGGUGUAGAAAAUGGAUCAGAUGUUAUCCAUUGUAAGAUACCACCUUCAGAGCAGUGUCCUGAUGAGCAAAAUUAAUUAUUUUAUUUUAAAGUAAAUUCCAUAACAUAAGUUUAAAUCUUCUGUGGAAUAUAGCACUCAUUUGCCUCACACUCCUGCAGCAAAUGUUAUUCUUUUCUAAUGAAAAGGGAAUGUGAUAGGAUAGCCUUUAGGCUUGUAAAUAAAGAUUUAUAUCUUUUGUAUGGAGUAUGAGAUAAGGUGUGGGUUAUAUGUAGUUGUGAUGUACAUAUUACAUACAUCUCACUGAAGCUGAAAAUUUUUCCAAAUUUGUGAUUUUGGUAAAUUUGCUGUUGUACUUUUUUAAAGGAUGUUAAUGAAUUUGAAGCUUGAAUGUUAUUACCAAAAGAACAGAAAAUAUACUUUAUAUGUUACAUGUAAUGAUGACUAUGCUGUGUAGGUAUUUUGCAAUCGUUUGAAUUUGUAUUUACACAUUCAUAACUUUCAUGCACAGAAGUGCACAUUUGCUUUGUGCACACAUGUGUAAGUAUAUUCUGUGUGUUUUCUCCUCAACUGUAUUAGAAUUUCUUUGACUGUAUUCUGAAUUGUUUCUUGUGAGAGUGUAUGUGUAUUGAUGACUUGGAAAUAUCUUUAUUUCUCAAGGAAGGUGAGAGGAAGUUCCAAAAUUAUUUUUGAAAUUCUUUCUGGUGUUUUUUGGUGAGUGAAAGUAGUUGCAGUUUGAGAGUAGUUCAGUAUUUGCUCAGAAAUAUUAGUUUGGUAAAGGAGUGCUUUGAUAUAUAUGGACACUAGCAAUGCGUGUGUAACAUGGGAGAUAACAGUUUUUUUACCAUUAGCUUGAAGGUACUGUGCACUGACAUAACAUUUCAUGGAAAUAAUUGUGAAAUUGUUUUCUUACAGUUUUCCACAAUAGUGUGUGGAAGGAUAUAAUAUUGUGUAUGGAAUGACUGUAAAUGUGAUUUUUAUUUGAAAAUGAAAAUUUAUGUAAAUUUUUUAUAUUUAUGCUAACAGGGUGAUUUUAUGUAUUUUAUAAAUUAACUUUUUAAAUUACACUCUAGUGGAAGUUAUUUUUUUUUACUGAUAAGCAGUCUGAAAGUCUUGAUUGGAAAUUGGAAAUAAUGCUAGUCAUGGUCGUAGGAUUAAUUUUGUAAUACAGAUGUUAUUUUCUGAUUAGAAUGGAAAUUGUUGCCAAUGUCAAUACUGAAUAAAACAGUUGUUCCUGUUA